GUCCUCUCUCUGCCCCACCGGAGGCUUGUUUGCUACUGUAGGCUGUUUGAAGUUCCAGAUCCAAAUAAACCUCAGAAGCUUGGAUUGCACCAGCGAGAAAUAUUUUUAUUUAACGAUCUUCUUGUGGUGACCAAGAUUUUUCAAAAGAAGAAGAACUCAGUUACAUACAGUUUUCGACAGUCGUUUUCCCUUUAUGGAAUGCAAGUUCUUCUUUUUGAGAACCAGUAUUAUCCCAACGGUAUUCGGCUCACAUCAGCUGUUCCAGGGGCAGAUAUCAAAGUACUAAUAAAUUUCAAUGCACCAAAUCCUCAGGACAGGAAGAAGUUUACAGAUGAUUUGAGGGAGUCAAUUGCAGAGGUUCAAGAAAUGGAAAAGCACAGAAUAGAGUCUGAGCUAGAAAAACAGAAGGGUGUGGUGAGACCAAGCAUGUCUCAGUGCUCCAGUCUGAAAAAGGAUUCUGGCAAUGGGACGCUGAACAGGGCUUGCCUGGAUGACAGCUACGCGACCGGGGAGGGGCUGAAGAGAAGCGCGCUGAGCAGCUCCCUUAGGGACCUGUCUGAAGCAGGCAAGCGUGGGCGACGCAGCAGUGCAGGAUCGCUAGACAGCAAUAUGGAAGGGUCCAUCAUUAGCAGUCCUCACAUGCGCCGAAGAGCUACAUCAACCCGAGAGUGUCCAUCUCGCCCUCACCAGACUAUGCCUAACUCCUCCUCACUCCUAGGUUCUUUAUUUGGUAGUAAAAGGGGAAAGCCACCUUCCCAAGGCCAUCCACCAUCUGGCUCAUCACAGCAACCUCCGCACCCUCCAGUAAUCCCACAUCAGCAACACCCUCAGCAUCCUUCAGCCAUGCAUCACGGAGGGCCAGACGCAGGCACAAGUGCACUCUCACCAUUCACA